AUGCGUUUCACAGCCGCUCUCGUCGCGGGCGCGCUCGCCGUCUGCGCCUCGGCCAACAAGAACUAUCUCGGCUUCAACUCGGGCGCCACAAAGGCAGACUACUCGGCCAAGUUCAAGGCCGACUACGAGGCCGAGUUCCGCACCGCCCAGGCCCUCCAGGGCGCCCCCGGCAAGUUCAACGCCGUCCGCCUCUACACCAACAUCCAGGCCUACUCCCAGGAGGAGCCCAUCGAGGCCUUCGAGGCCGCCAUCAACACAAAGACCCAUGUCCUCCUCGGCAUCUGGACGUCCGGCACCAACAGCAUUGCCAAGGAGAUCAACGCGCUGAAAAAGGCCGUCUCCAAGCACGGCACCAAGUUCACCGACCUCGUCAUCGGCAUCUCCAUCGGCAGCGAGGACUUGUACCGCAACUCCAAGACGGGCAUCAAGAACAAGGGCGGCGUGGGCAACAGCCCCGACGCCAUCGUGCGCUUCGUCAAGCAGUUCAAGCAAGAGUUUUCCAAGACGUCCCUGGCCAAGGUCCCCGUCGGCCACGUCGACACCUGGGACGCCUGGACCAACUCGACCAACAAGCCCGUCAUCGACUGCAUCGACUGGCUCGGCGUCGACGAGUACCCUAGCUACCAGAGCGGCGAGAACAACAACAUCAAGAACGCCGCCAAGCUCUUCGACGAGGCCUACCAGAAGACCCUGUCCGCCGCCGGCGGCAAGCCCGUGUGGGUCACCGAGACUGGCUGGCCCGUCUCGGGCCUCAACUGGGACCAGGCCGUCGCCAGCGUCGACAACGCAAAGCACUACUGGAACGAGAUUGGCUGCCGCAAGCUCUUCAACAAGGUCCCGACCUUUUGGUACAACCUGCGCGAUUCCAACCCGGACAACAAGCUCAAGUUUGCCAUCACAAAGGACCUCUCCACCAAGCCCAUCUUCGACCUCAAGUGCCCGACCAAGUUUGAGACAAAGUCCCGCUCUGCUUCUGAGUCCUACGGUGAGGCUAACAGCACCGACUUCAGACCUACCAGCACCGGCCGCCACCUGUCCACCAUGACGGCUGCCACUUCGCUCUCCAGCUCCACCUCGACCUCCGGCCGCGGGUCUCGUUCCGGCUCCGGGGCUGGCGCUUCAUCCACCACUUCAGCCCCGAGUUCCAACGCCGGCGCCUCCGUCCAGAGGCUGUCUGCCGCGGCCUACGCCGGCGUUGCCGUCUUCAUUGGCGCCUUUGCGCUGCCUUAG